AUGGCGCUGCUCAAGGUCAAGUUUGACCAGAAGAAGCGGGUCAAGCUGGCCCAGGGGCUCUGGCUGAUGAACUGGCUGUCGGUGCUGGCCGGCAUCGUCCUCUUCGGCCUGGGGCUCUUCCUGAAGAUCGAGCUCCGCAAGCGGAGCGACGUGAUGAACAACUCGGAGAGCCACUUCGUGCCCAACUUGCUGAUCGGGGUCGGGGUGCUGUCCUGCGUCCUCAACGCCCUGGCCGGGAAGAUCUGCUACGACUCCCUGGACCCCGCCAAGUACGCCCAGUGGAAGCCCUGGCUGAGGCCCUACCUGGCCGUGUGCGUCCUCUUCAACGGCGUCCUCUUCCUCGUGGCUCUCUGCUGCUUCCUGCUGCGGGGCUCCCUGGAGGGCACGCUGGCUUCCGGGCUCAAGAACGGCAUGAAGUUCUACCGGGACACGGACACCCCCGGCCGGUGCUUCAUGAAGAAGACCAUCGACAUGCUGCAGAUCGAGUUCAACUGCUGCGGCAACAACGGCUUCCGGGACUGGUUCGAGAUCCAGUGGAUCAGCAAUCGCUACCUGGACUUCUCCUCCAAGGAGGUCAAAGAUCGCAUCAAGAGCAAUGUGGACGGGCGGUACCUGGUGGACGGCGUCCCUUUCAGCUGCUGUAACCCCAGCUCGCCACGGCCCUGCAUCCAGUACCAGCUCACCAACAACUCGGCGCACUACAGCUACGACCACCAGACGGAGGAGCUCAACCUGUGGCUGCGGGGCUGCAGGCACGCCCUCCUCGCCUACUACAGCAGCCUCAUGAACACCAUGGGUGUCGUCACGCUCCUCGUCUGGCUCUUUGAGGUAAGCAUCACUGCUGGACUCCGCUACCUACACACAGCCCUGGAAAGCAUGUCCAACCCCGAGGAUCCUGAGUGCGACAGUGAGGGCUGGCUUCUGGAGAAAAGCGUGUCGGAGACCUGGAAGGCCUUCCUGGAGAAUUUUAAGAAGCUGGGCAAGAGCAAUCAGGUGGAGGCUGAAGGCGCAGACGCAGGCCAGGCCCCGGAGGCUGGCUGA